AUAUCCCAGCACUUUGAUCUGCAAAUGGAAAAACGAAAGUGAAAUAUUAACAGUUAUCCUCCAUUACAAUUCGAUAUUCUAAACUGGAUGAUAUGUUUAACGAAAACAUACUUGCAAUUUUGUGCUAUAUUCAUUGAUCCAACUAAUCCAAACGAUAUGUUCUCUUCACCAACCGAACAGAAUACUGAGGCUGUUGAAGCAAUCAGUCCAGCUAUGAUAUUUCCGACUCUUCAAUGGUUUCUCCAAUGAGGUACUUCAAGAAAAAUGAAGAGGCGGAGCAGCAUAAAUGGUUCUUCACUUGUCCCUGUCAAAUGGAAACCGGCACUUUCUCAUUGAUUCUCGAAAAGAUGACACUUCCCUUCCAACACUCACUCAGCCAUGAAGUCAGUAUUUGCAACAUCAAGAACUCCAAACAGCGAAGACAACUUAAAAAACCAAGUCUGGAAGGACAACAGGUGAAACUUAUGUGCCUGAUCACAUGGGUCCAACUAAUCCAGGUGAUAUGCCAACUAAUCCUGGUGAUAUGCUUUCUUCACCAACCGAAGAGAAUGCAGAGGCUGUGGAAAAAAACAGUCCAGCUAUGAUAUUUUUGCCUUCACAAUCAACCAGGGAAGUGUUGAAUGAAAUGAUAGAUGCUACCAACAAUGGAGUUGCACUAACUGGUGCUGCAGCCACUGGAUCAAUGGGACCACUUAUUGGAAAAGUGGAAAUUGGUGAAUUGAAGGAUUCAUACUAUUUCCGUGUUUCCCUUCCUGGGGUAUCCAUGGAUAAAAGAGAAUUCAAUUGUGUGAUUAGAGCGGAUGGUAAGGUUACAAUACAGGGUAUACUGACUACGGGGGAACAGAUAGUAUCCAACGAAUCUGGAGUCUUUCGUAUGCUGACACAAAAUCUAGGCCCACCGGGACCCUUCACCGUCUCAUUCCAGCUACCUGGUCCGGUCAAUAACCAAGAAGUGAAGAGUCAUUUGGCUUGCGGAUUUCUUGAAGCCAUUGUGAAGAAGAUGUAAUUGGGAAAUGUUAGAAAACCAGUGACUGCCCUUUAUUUACUUUUCAUUUCUUUUCCUUGCAUCCAACUCAGUAGUAAUCAUAAGAUGAACUUGGUGUUUAAA